AUGAGUGGACACGAUACUGCUGUGACGGUGGCCAAGGUGCUGACUAUAAUUACUACUCUCAUGCUCCGUGUUGCGCUCUUACCAGACUUUAAUCGUUGGCGCAAGAACCGAAACACGGGCGAGAUGUCUGUGAUGCCGUGUGUUCUUCUUUACACGAACUGUUACGUGGUAAUGUUCUACGCGUAUGCCAUUAACGACAUCUUCCCGUUACUAUUUGUGGUUGUCAUUGGUGUCAUCGCGGGAGCGAUUUUGGCUUAUUUCUUUUACAGAUGGACGGACUACAAACGUGAAACCAUGAGAAUCCUCAUUGGAUCUUUCGUCGUCUGUGGGAUCAUGACAAUCUAUAGUGUUCUCGCGCUGUCGGGUCAAACGGGUCAAACUCAUGACGCCAUUGAAACGACAAUGGGCUAUAUAUCUGCUACAACAACAAUUCUCAUGUACGCAUCACCGAUGGCUACGAUCAUUAACGUUAUUCGAACCAAGACCGCUUCCUCGAUGCCAUUCACAAUGGGUGUCGUCGUAGUCUGCAACAGUGUGUGUUGGAUAUUCUACACAAUUUUGGUGUACAAUCCCUUCAUCCUGAUCCCAAACAUAUGUGGUUUUACGCUUGGCUUCAUCCAACUAGUACUUACAUUUAUUUAUCCAAGUGCUACGCUAAAGAUAGAGGGAGACAACUCUGCUGAUGUGUCUACACUCUCUGUUGCGGUGCUUCCUAUCGACUAUGACCACAGUAUGCAUUUCAGCUCAAAAAAAUUACCACAGAAUGCAAGUCCAAGUUAUGCUGCAAUGCGCUCCCCCCUUCCAGAUACGACAAAGUUGUGGGGUCAAUCGACCUGCAGCGAUGAUUGA